AUGGCCACAAUAGAUGGAAGACCGGCGCAAUAUGGGAUUUCUCUUAAGCAAUUACGAGAGCUUAUGGAACAUCGUGGUCGGGAAGGUAUAGCGAAAAUAAACGAAUAUGGUGGUAUACAGGACAUUUGCAAAAAACUAUACACAUCACCGAAUGAAGGAUUGACUGGAUCAAAAGCUGAUCUCGAACACAGACGUGAAACAUUUGGUUCGAAUGUAAUACCACCGAAACCACCAAAAACAUUUUUGACAUUAGUCUGGGAGGCGCUCCAGGAUGUAACACUUAUUAUUUUAGAAGUAGCAGCACUAGUAUCACUUGGUCUAUCAUUUUACAAACCCGCCGAUGAAGACGCUCCCGUUCUUGCCGAGGAAGAUGAUCAUCAUGGCUGGAUUGAGGGUCUAGCUAUCCUUAUUUCUGUUAUCGUUGUUGUUUUGGUAACGGCGUUCAAUGAUUAUUCGAAAGAACGACAAUUUCGGGGGUUGCAAAAUCGAAUUGAAGGUGAACACAAAUUUUCAGUGUUACGCGGUGGUGAGGUACGACAAAUCGGUGUCGGUGAUAUUGUUGUUGGUGAUAUAUGCCAAAUCAAAUAUGGUGAUUUACUGCCAGCCGAUGGUAUACUUAUACAGAGUAAUGACUUAAAAGUUGACGAAUCAUCGUUAACGGGUGAAUCAGACCACGUGAAGAAAGGGGAACAUUUCGAUCCUAUGGUCCUUUCAGGAACUCACGUUAUGGAGGGUAGCGGUAAAAUGCUGGUGACCGCGGUCGGCGUGAACUCUCAAGCUGGCAUUAUUUUCACAUUGUUAGGGGCUGCUGUGGACCAACAAGAAGCUGAAAUUCGUAAGAUGAAAAAGGAAGCUAAAAAGCAGAGGAAGAACAAGAGUUUAACAGGUGAAGAUGGUGGUGGUCCAAUCAGCAAUAGUCAUAUGGGUUCACCGAUUCCUGGUAUGGAUAAACAACAGCCUGAAGCCGAUGGUAAUCAUGUACAAUCGUCGAGUCCUGCAAUGGAACCGGCUCAUAAAAAGGAAAAGUCCGUGCUGCAAGCGAAGUUAACAAAAUUGGCAAUACAAAUUGGCUAUGCCGGUUCUACAAUAGCCGUACUUACUGUUAUCAUUCUAAUAAUUCAAUUUUGUAUACAUACAUUUGUUAUACUCGAAAAACCAUGGAAGAAUACAUACGCAAAUAAUUUGGUGAAACAUCUAAUUAUUGGUGUGACGGUAUUGGUUGUUGCCGUUCCGGAAGGUCUACCACUAGCUGUUACAUUAUCAUUGGCCUAUUCCGUGAAGAAAAUGAUGAAAGAUAAUAAUUUGGUAAGACACUUGGAUGCGUGCGAAACGAUGGGUAAUGCCACUGCCAUUUGUUCCGACAAGACUGGUACAUUAACUACAAAUCGUAUGACCGUUGUUCAGUCAUACAUAUGCGAGAAAUUAUGUAAAGUAACACCGAAGUUUUCUGAUAUACCACCGAACGUCAGUAGUCUAAUUGUUCAAGGUAUCUCAGUAAACUCAGCGUAUACAUCACGGAUAAUGCCUGGACAAAACCCUGGCGAUUUAGCGAUACAAGUUGGCAAUAAAACCGAGUGCGCUCUUCUGGGAUUCGUCCAAGCUCUAGGCAAAAACUAUCAGACAGUUCGUGAUGAAAUUCCAGAGUCGUCAUUCACAAGAGUGUUCACAUUCAAUUCAGUGAGAAAGUCGAUGAGUACUGUAAUUCAGAGACCAGGCGGUGGCUACCGUCUAUACACUAAAGGAGCAUCGGAAAUUGUACUUAAAAAAUGCGCUUUUAUUUACGGUCAUAAUGGUGAACUAGAGAAAUUCACUCGUGAUAUGCAAGAACGUCUUAUCCGUGAGGUCAUAGAGCCAAUGGCUUGCGAUGGUUUACGUACAAUAUCGAUUGCCUAUCGAGAUUUCGUACCAGGCAAAGCUGCAAUUAAUGAAGUACAUAUCGAUAACGAGCCCAACUGGGAUGACGAAGAAAAUAUUGUUAACAAUUUGACGUGUAUAUGCGUUGUCGGUAUUGAGGAUCCGGUCCGUCCUGAAGUUCCAGACGCUAUUCGAAAAUGCCAAAAGGCUGGUAUCACUGUACGUAUGGUUACAGGGGACAAUAUAAAUACGGCACGCUCGAUCGCUACUAAAUGUGGCAUUAUACGACCAAAUGAAGAUUUCCUCAUUUUAGAGGGUAAAGAAUUCAAUAGGCGCAUUCGUGAUAGUAACGGGGAUGUUCAGCAACAUUUACUGGAUAAAGUAUGGCCAAAAUUGCGAGUGUUGGCGCGUUCUUCACCUACAGACAAAUACACCUUGGUCAAAGGCAUUAUUGAUAGCAAAGUAAGUGAAAAUCGCGAAGUUGUUGCUGUAACAGGUGAUGGAACAAAUGAUGGCCCAGCGCUUAAAAAGGCGGAUGUUGGUUUCGCUAUGGGUAUUGCUGGGACAGAUGUAGCUAAGGAAGCAUCUGAUAUUAUAUUGACCGAUGACAAUUUUAGUAGUAUUGUAAAAGCUGUAAUGUGGGGCCGUAAUGUUUACGACUCGAUUGCGAAAUUUCUGCAGUUUCAAUUGACUGUAAAUGUUGUUGCUGUUAUUGUUGCAUUUAUUGGUGCCUGUGCUGUUCAAGAUUCGCCACUUAAAGCUGUUCAAAUGUUAUGGGUUAAUCUUAUUAUGGACACGUUAGCCUCUUUAGCAUUAGCUACGGAACUUCCAACGUCGGAUCUUCUACUACGUAAGCCCUACGGACGUACGAAACCGUUAAUAUCACGCACAAUGAUGAAAAACAUCCUCGGUCAAGCCAUUUAUCAAUUAGCUAUUAUCUUCUCGUUAUUAUUUGUGGGUGAUAUAAUACUUGACAUAGAAUCGGGUCGGGAACAAGAGUUAGGAGCAGCGCCAACGCAACAUUUUACCGUUAUAUUUAAUUCAUUUGUUAUGAUGACGUUGUUUAAUGAAAUGAAUGCUCGAAAAAUCCAUGGGCAAAGAAAUGUGUUCGAAGGCCUUUUCACUAAUCCUAUUUUCUAUAGUAUUUGGAUUGGAACAGCCAUUUCCCAGGUUAUAAUUAUUCAAUAUGGUAAAAUGGCCUUUUCAACUAAAGCGUUAUCCCUCGAUCAGUGGUUAUGGUGUCUAUUUUUCGGAAUCGGUACACUACUUUGGGGUCAAAUAAUCACAACAGUGCCUACAAGAAAACUACCUAAAAUUUUAUCAUGGGGUCGUGGACAUCCUGAAGAAUAUACAGAAGCUAUUAAUUUAGGUGAAGAAAGAUUCGAUUCCAUUGAUUCGGAUAAAAAGCCGCGAGCCGGACAAAUUCUAUGGAUUCGUGGUCUCACGCGUUUGCAAACUCAGCCGCCAGAACCAAUGCGAGAGACUGAAGUUUAAUACGAUUAACUGUGUCGGUGGUGACAACUAUACAUAUAGAAAUAAUAAAAUAGCGUUAAAUAUAGUUAUAAAUAUUAUGUAAAAAAUCUAGCGGAUUAUAUGCAUAGAAAAUAAAAACAUAAAUUGAAAAACUCCAAAAUAAGCAAAUAUUUCGAAAAUAUUUCACAAAUGAACAAAAAAAAAUACCAAAAUAAAUAACAAAUUGCUGAAGGGGCACCUUCAAGCAAGAAUUACUACUAGAGACAAAAACUUCUAAAUUUUAAGAAAGAAAACUCAAAGAGACUAGUCCAACUACAUUGGGAAUAUUGCACCGUUAAGUUUUUAAAAGAGAACAAGGGAGCCUAUUUUUCGUAUAUACAUAUAUGUUUAACGAGGACAGGAAGUAACAAUAGACAUGAACACCAAGUUGUUCUCUAUUUCGUCAUGUGACCAGAGCUUCACGUAACAGUCCUACACAAUGUUUUAGAAUAACAAAUAAAUAGGAUUCAAUCCAAAUAGAAGCGUAAACCUCUGCUUUAUGAGCCAGCUUCCAUAUGCUACAACCAUCACUACCACAACUGAUUAAUCAAUCAUAAAAUCCGUUUCGUAUAUUUUCUUCUUCUAUACGUUUGUAGAAACGUUGUUUGAUAGAAGAAUAAAUAAGCCAUACUAGAUACUUCCGAAAAUUGUCAACAUGUAUAAAUAAUAUUAGAAAAAAAAAAUGCAUUCAAAAGAGCAAAAAAAAAAAAUUCGAGAUAGUGUAUCAAUCAACAAACCGAAUAUUCAACACGAAUGAUAUUAAUUUGAAAUGAAAAUCGAACCAGAAAUAUCAACUUUGGAAUAGAAAAACCGGAAUAUCCAAAACUCAAAAAAACAAUUCAAUGAACUAGAAAACAAAGCAGAAGGAUUUUCUACAAAAAAAAACUAACAAACGGAAUGAGGAAAUAGAAAUAAAAUUAUGGAAGAUUGAAGAACGAUAAAAACAUAAACACAAUAUUACUGUUUCCUUUCCCUCGGUCCGGAUUGAAACUAUAUAUCGGAUACGCAAAUUUCAGCCAACGUUAGAAUGAUUUAAAACAAACAAAAAAUAUAUAUAUAUGAACCAUAUCGUCAAAUAUUUCUAAAUCUGUUCAAAAUGAAUAAAUGCAAACAAAAAACAACCAAACAAACCAAGAAAACGUGAAACAAGUACGUAGGCAAUAUGUGUAUAUUUGUUUUUUUUUUUUUCUUAUGUUUUAAACUAAUUUUUUUCCUUGCCGUUUGUCCCCCUUUCGAUUUGUUUCAUUUAUUUUUUUCUCUGGUUGGUUUUCUGUUAUGCAUAUCUUUACCUAAGGUUUCCAUGGUUACAAAAAUUUCAUCCUUAUUAUACUUACCUCAGCCCUUACUUUAAUUGGAGUUUUAUAGGAUUGGUUUCGUUUUCAUGAGAUUCAUUGCUUCCCGUUAUAUAUAAUUUUACUAUUCAUUACAAUGAUACCAUCAAAAAUGAUUUACUUAAGUUUGAGGUUCAGUUUUUUUUUUUUUUUUGGUUUCGUUCAAUUUUCUGAUAGCUAGUACAAUUAGCUUCUUUUCAAAUUAGUUAUAGGGCGCUUGGGGUUUAAUUUUCAAACUGUUGCUUAAAUUUUACACGUAUUUUGUGACUAUAAAAUACAUCAGGAUCAUAUCUUCCGAUUACGAUGAUUUGCUUUAUGUAAAUAAAGAAUAAGAGGACGUUGGCUGAAAUGAUCCUGUUGAGCUAUGCGUUUUCCCCCCCAUCCACAUUUCUGUUUUCUUCACUUGGUACCUUAAUUUAACUAAAUAUAUACCUCCUCUGUAGAUGAAUAUUUUCAAUGCCAAAGGGGACAAUUUGUUAUGGGUGUUAGAGCGAUAUCACUCUUUUUGUUUCCAUAAAUUAAUGAACGUGAUUUUGAUUGUUGAUACUGUAUUUUGUCAUAAUUUUUGACCAUUCCCCGAUAUUAUUACAUUCUGUUUUCUGGUUGUCGAAUAUUAUUACUACUUUUGUUUCCUACAUUAAUAAACGUGAUUUUGAUUGUUGAUACUGUAUCUUGUCAUGAUUUUUCCCAGUCCCCGAUCUUAUUACAUUUUGUUUUCCGCUUGAUUGAAUAUGACUUUUACUCCAAACCCUUGCCCUUCAAUAAAUAUAUGUAAACUACUCAUUAUAGACUAUUGAUUUCUAGUUCCUCAAAAUUGUUUCAACUUUCGUUCCCAUUACUUUGGCAUCAUUUUGUUAUCAAAUUGGUUUCAACCACAGAUAAUCCAAGAAGUAAAGAGAAAGCAAAAAAAUUACAAUGCCCCUUAGUCUUGAACUACACAUUUGGAAGAAAAAUCAUUCAAGUUUUAAAUAUAUAAUCGUUUUUCGAAAUACAGAAAAAA